AUGCGUGAAGCAGGAUACCCCUCAGCACGUCUAGACUUGCUUUAUUCUACACCAGAGUCUGGUUCAUCCAUGGACAUCAACACAAGCAGUGGCGUGGCGCUUGCAAUUGCCGUCCUUUUACGGUGCAAAGGAGAUGGCUUCUUAGCUCACUUUGGUACAAAAUGCAGCUCUUGGACUAGAGUCAAUGUGGGCACAUCCGGGCGCUCAGCUUGUUCUAGCAUUGGUGUCACAAUGCACAACUCCGUGUCAGAAGCGAACAAAAUGUGCUCCCGAACCAUUUUGCUCAUACUUUUGGCGGUGUCGUUGAAUGGGACCUUCCUGUUAGAGCAGCCGGCUGGAUCCCUAAUGGAAUUCUAUCCACGAUUCCGUUGGAUGCUGCAGCAGCUGGUCAACAUGGGGGGUGAUGAAGCUGUGACCAAAGUAUCCUGGUGGAUGAGGAAUUAUGGGGGACCCACUGCGAAGCCUCAUUACCUCUACAGCAACUCCAAGCAUGCGGCAAAGCUGCAGAACGGGAAGCUUCAACGGCCCGUGGAUCCAACCCCCAGCAACACCUGUGAGCACUAUAUCAACAAGAAUGGCAAGCGAUGCUGGGUCGGAACCAAAAAGCUCAAACAAACGGAGCGCAAGCCCCAGCUUGUCAAUCUUUGUGUUGCAUGCUUACUCAGAAGGGCACCUUUCAUAUGUAGCUUGACGGAACCUAGGGAGUACCCUCCAAAGUUCGCCCUGAAGCUCGUGUCUUUGUUCAACGAACUGGUGGAUGAAAAAGCCGGUGUCCCCAGCCUUCCUGAUCCACUUCCCAGCAUCAGCGAGAUGUGCGACUCCGCGACCUUUGCGGACAUGUGGGAAGAAGCGGGCAUGGGAGAGGUUGUGGCCUAUCUGAGAGGGGGCAAGGGUCUGGGAUUGAUUGCAGAGCACCGUAGCCUUUUUCCAGAG